AUGGGUAGAACUUACUUUGUUGAGGAAGCUAUUGGGCAGUAUCUUUCAGGCCUCAGCACAAAACUAAAGCCUUAUGUCACUGGCCUAUUAAUAGGGCAGUGUUCCCCGCAAAGAGACUAUGUGAUUUGGGCUGUUCGAACGCCUCCAAAGGAAGAGCAGAAGGAAGACAGCAUCAGUCCUUCAAAACUGGCAUCCAUUGAUGAAGAAUGGAUAACUACACACGCCAGUCAGGUUUCUAGAAUGCUUCCUGGAGGCUUAUUAGUUCUUGGUGUAUUUAUUAUUGCAACUCCAGAACUAUCAAAAGAUAGUCAAAAUGCUCUGCGCAAGCUGAUCUUCUCAGUGGAAAAGUCCUUGACUAAAAGAAGGCUCUGGAAACCUGCUGAGGAGGAGGUCUCAGACAGAGCAGCUCUUCAAAUCUGUUCUGCUACAAAAAAAGUAGUUUGCCGAACAUAUGAUGUACAAGAUCCAAAGAGUUCAGCUAAACCAGCAGAUUGGAAAUAUCAGAGUGCUCUGUCUGCUUCCUGGUUAGCUUUGGACUGCACAGUAAAUGUUAAUAUUCACAUUCCACUUCUUGCUACUUCACGGAACCAUGACUUGGAGAAGAAUGCCAAGAAUGGCUUAAAUCGAUGGUCAAAACAGAUAGAAGACAGUGUUUUUCUGAUCAAUGGACAAGUUAAAGAUGAUGAUACAGAACUACUGGAAGGGCAGAAAAAGUUAAGAGGAAAUACUCAGUCCAGUGCUCAGUUUUCUGAUGUCAAGGUUCUGACGCAGCUCUCCCAGAGUUCAAGCCAUAGAUCAACAGCUACAGUCCAGGUCUGCAGUGGUUCCAUAAAUCUCAAAGGUGCUGUGAAAUGCAGAGCCUACGUACAUAACAACAAGCCAAAAGUUAAAGAAGCUGUUCAGGCUUUGAAAAGAGACAUAAUAAACACAUUGAGUGAUCGGUGUGAAAUACUAUUUGAAGAUCUGAUUAUAAAUGAAGGACCUCACAAAAAAAAUUUGAAAAGGGAAUAUCAUGUCUUACCUCAGAGACUGUUUGUCCCUGUUGCUGGUUCCAGCGUGAUGCUCAGUGAUUAUAAGUUUCGUGAUGAGGCUGCUGGAGAAAUUCAGGAACGUUUUGUUGAGAUGUUGGAUCAAUCUGUGCAAGCUGAAGAUAUCCAUAUAGCAGAGGAAUUUAACACAGUUGAUAUUUGUCCGGUUACUGACAACAUGGAUGACACACAACAGAAACAACUGACAAAAGCAACAUUGCUGUUGAAACUUCAACAAAAUAUGGGUGUGGUAAUAGCAGCUGCUGUUGCAGUCUUUGCAUCGAUCUUCUCUUUCAAUUACUUCAGUGAUUAAACUCAAGCAACUGGAGCUUCCUGGAAGUAUUGGCCAGUUACAAGAUGGAAACAUCUGGGUUUAAUGUAUUAGUAAUUAAGAAUUGUUGCCUAAAUAUCACCA